AUGCUGGAGCCUGGGAACCACCCUGUAACCAGGAAGAUGAAGCGCUUUGCAGCUGCCCUUCUCAUGCUCCUGCUGGCUGUGGCUGAUCUCGGGAUCCCGGCUCCAGUCACUCAGGGACCCUCAAACAUGACUAUGCCUGAUGAUGGACCCGAGAUAUACGCCUUCAGCGGAGACAUUGAGUGCUGCUACAGCAAGUACACAAACUUUGUCUGUUCAAGAAUGAAAGAUUAUUAUAAAACCAACAGUGAGUGCCCCCUCCGGGGCAUCGUCUUCAUAACUAAGGAAGACAAGAAGACCUGUGCAGACCCUCGGGACGAAAAUGUCCAGCUCUGCAUGGUAUCCCUACUGCUGAAGUACAAGCUGGUGAAUAUGCUGGAAGGAUCUCAUUUCUACUAA